AUGCGCUGCAAUGCCUGGCAAGUGCAGGGUGCGUCUGCUGUGGCGGUGCUGCUGGGUGCAAGCAUUACAGAGUACUGUACCGGGUUGCAUGUGUGCAACUGCGGGGUACGCUCCUGUGCCGCGUCACCCUCCUUCGACGACGGCUUCAUCCUGCCCACGCCGGAACCAUGCACAAGGCCGCGCGCCUCUUCCUCGCCGCCUGCCUCUCGCUGCUGCUCCUGCGCCGCCGCGGCUGGCUCUCCUCGACUCUCCUCGACUUUCCUCGACUUCUUGGCCACCCUCGCGCCCGCCCGCCUCCUCCUGGCCGUCCUCUGUCUCCUCUCCGCCGCGGCCCUGUACUCGACCUUUCUCUACCCCCAUGUCCUCUCGCCCCUGCGCCGUCUGCCCGAGCCGGCUGGCGGCCACUGGCUGCUGGGACACGGCCUCGACAUUGACCGGUACGGGCUCGGCGUCCUCGCCCGCAGAUGGUGCGCACCUCUCCCGUCCCCUUCCGCCUCGCUUCGCCUCCCUCUCGAUGCCGUCCCUCUCGAUGCCGUCCCUCUCGAUGCCGUCCCUCUCGAUGCCGUCCCUCUCGAUGCCGUCCCUCUCGAUGCCGUCCCUCUCGACCCUGUCCCUCUCGACCCUGUCCCUCUCGACCCCGUCCCUCUCGAUCCCCUCCUUCUCUAUCCCCUCCCUCUCGAUCCCCUCCGGAAUGACGGGCUCAUCCGCGUGCGCUGGUUCUUCAACCGCGAGUUCGUCGUCCUCACCUCCCCCGCGGCCCUCUCCGAGGUUCUCGUCACCAAGAGCUACCUCUUUGAGAAGCCGCGCUUUCUGCGCGAGUACCUCGCCUUUGCCCUCGGCUGGAGCGUCCUGACCGUCGAGGGCGACGAGCACAGGCGCCAGCGCCGCAACCUCAUGCCCGCCUUCGCCUUCCGCCACGUCAAGGACCUCUAUCCCCUCUUCUGGGCCAAGUCGCGCGAGGUCACGCGCGCCAUGACCGACGCCUGUCGCGCCGCCGGCCGCGCCGACCUGCACGUCGACCUCUGGGCCUCGCGCGUCACCCUCGACAUCAUCGGCCUCGCCGGCACCGGCCUCGACUUUGGCGCCGUCCGCGACGGCGACGGCCCGCUGACGCGCAGCUACCAAGGCUUCCGCCCCUCGCCCGAGGACAACAUGCUCAUCGCCCUGCGCGUCUUCCUCCCCGCGAGCCUCGUCGCCGGCCUGCCCCUGCGCAAGAACCGCAUCGUCGCCGCCUCGACCCGCAGCCUCCGCCGUGCCUGCGAGAACAUGAUUCGCCGCAAGCGCCGGAGCCUGGCCGACGACGAGCCCGCCGCCCGAGACAUCCUCUCCGUCGCCCUCGCGAGCGACACCUUCUCCGACGAGAGCCUCGUCGACCAGCUGCUGACCAUGCUCUCCGCCGGCCACGAGACCACCUCCUCGGCCCUGACCUGGGCCGUCUACAUGCUCUGUCGCUUCCCGACCGUGCAGAGCCGGCUGCGGGACGAGGUGCGCCAGAGCCUGCCGUCGGUCGACGACGACGCGCCUGUGACGAGCGACGUCAUCGACGGCCUGCCUUACCUCAACGCCGUCUGCUGCGAGGUCCUUCGCAUGUGCCCGCCCGUCGCCCAGACGCUGCGCGUCGCCACCUGCGACACCACCCUCCAGGGACGCUUCGUGCCGCGCGGCACCAUCGUCAUCAUGGUCCCCUGGGCCAACAAUCUCGACCCCAAGCUCUGGGGCCCGGACGCGCACGAGUUCAAGCCCGAACGGUGGCUGGUCGGCCCGAGGGCCUCGAGCGGCGGCGCCUCGAGCAACUACGCCUUCAUGACCUUUCUCCACGGGCCGCGGAGCUGCAUCGGCUCGAGCUUCGCCAAGGCCGAGAUGGCCUGUCUGCUGGCCGCCUGGGUCGGUCGCUUCUCCUUUGAGCUCAAGGACAAGUCGCUCAUGGACGAGCGCAACGUCCGCGUCGAACCGAGCGUCACCGCGAAGCCCGCCGGCGGCCUGGAAGUCACCGUGACCGUCGUCAAAGGCUACUGA